CAGAAUCUGUGUCCUCUAGAAAGAUAUUUUAAUCAUCCCCAUUAGUCCAGAAAAAUGCCACUUAUUUGUUAAAUCAUGUUCAACAAUACACACCUCUGCAUCCUAUUAAUUUUGAUCUAAAAAGUAUCUUAAAAAGCAAUCAUUUAUGUGCAUUUAAUGCAUUUCAUCUAUCCAAAAGUCACAGAAAAAAAAGAUUUGACCCAUUAUGUUUGCAGUGAUAGUUGUCUUUAUUAUUAUUUUUUUUGAUUGCUUGAAAUAAAUCAAUUCCAGUCAAACUCAAUUUGCAGGUUUCAGGUUUCUGUGUUGAAUUUAUGAGGGGAAAUUUCAAAAUGUUAGCUGUGGUCCUCCCCCCCGACCCUAGAGAUUUUCUGGAUGCGCACGUGCCCGCAUCCUUCCACCUGCCGAUGAUGCUCACGCUGCGCUGCGGCAGGAGGCGCGAGGACGUCACUGCGUCGCAACGCGGAAGGAGGAAAGAGGCUCCACGUCACGUAGGUGUACUUACGUCUGUGCGACACCAGGUGCUACCUCAGUACUGUGCCCCGGCAGUACACCCUCAUGUCGGCUUGACGAACUUCUCUGAGUUCACGGUGAAGAGACACUGACGGCUUUUUGCACUGACGCUUCUCGGCAGACCCUGUGGACAUUAGCGGAAGGGUUCCUGUUUCCACAUCCCGAUGGGGGAAUCAGGCUCACGCCGUUCCACUCUUGUGUCCCGCCUGCCAAUCUUCCGCCGCAGCAACAGUAAGCGGCAAGAGUCUCUCCCUUCUUCUCCAUCUUCAGGCGGGGUUGGAAAUGGCGUCCACACGUCCUCGCCUUCCAGCACUAACUCCAGUUCUGGCAGCACCGGGAAACGCAGGAGCCUUUUCCGCACUCCGUCUCUCAGUUUCACUUCCAAGCGGAACAGCGAUCCGCCUGUCCAACCCAUCAACCUGAACCUUCCCCAGCCACAGACGCAGACCACCGACGCAAAUGGAAAUAACCAGCCGACGGUGACGCAAUCAGUGUCAACAAAGUCUACCGACGGUGGUGGCCGUCCCAAGUCGCGCCAUUCAUUUGGAUUUGGCAGCAACAGGCAAAAGAAAAUCCCCCGCUCUCAGACCGAAGACUUGGACAAAGCUUAUUCAUCAUCCUCCACAGCCAAUCGAAAUGUUUUCAUCAACUGCAUCAGCAGCUCAGGGACCAACGAAGGUGACGAUUCUGGGUUCCUGGACGACUACAGUAGGGGCAGCAAUAACAACCGACGAUCCUCUCGCCAGAAAAAACAACUUCUACCAAAGUCUUUCUCAGCCCACCAUCGCUUCUCCCGCACGUCUGAUCACCACAGACCACCUGAAGUCAAUCUAGAACCGUCAAACUCCACCACCACGGCUCCAGGGACAGGAGGGCUGACUCCAGGGUCUUGGCCUGGUGAACUGAUUGGUGCGGGUGGUGAGAGCUCACUUCAGUCUCCAAUGAUAUCAGAAGAUCGAACGACAGCCAUCACCCCGUCUGAGUUCAUUCCUGCCACAGAGGACUCUGUAUCCGAGGUGGACGCACUGCCAGCUCCUAGCCCCGGGUCCGCUGUAAACCCUGUUCCGGAUUGUGAGGCUGCACUGGCCGCUGACCCGGCUUCAGCGGAACCCCCGCCUGUCCAAGAGAACAUCAGUGCAGCCGUCACUACCUCACAGGUUUUCUUCAGUCCAGCCCAAUCCAGCACUGAGAAACCAUUGCUCCCAGACACCAGCACGGCCAACAACACAGACUAUGACACGGCUGUUUCUCUCUCAGAGCCAGAAACAGCCGUGCCCUGCUUCCCUCUGCAGGAGCAGUCAGAGGAGGAAAGAGAGGAGAGGGAGGAGGAAAGGCAGGAGGCACAGAAAGAGGAGGUCACGGAGAACAAGAGUGAUUUGGUGAAUGAGGGAAAGCCUUGCUUCCACAGUGAGACCACAAGUGAAAGCGAGGCCAACGUGGCACGCAGUGAGGGGUGCCAGUCUAACCCGGAGAGACCUGACAGGAGAGCCCGAACCUCGCAUUCGUUUCAAGAGAGAGGAAGCUUUUGUGGCUGCCAUGAACCCAGAGCCUCUCACUUGAGAAAACCACACGCAGCUUCUUUGUGUAGCAGUGCCAGCCCAUACCACGAGGUGAUGCGAAUGGAAAGGCGUUUGCGCUCCUCAUCUGAGGGGGCUGGUGGGCCUCGUAUCCAUGGAAACCAAAGCGAUGCUCCGGGCAUGGAAGGAUGCGGUUUACUCAAACACAGAAACAACUCCUCGUCGUCUAAAAUGGGAAGUCUGGAUGUUCUGAACAACCUGGGUUCAUCAGAACUGGAUGAGGAUGAUCUCAUGUUGGACCUUGACUACUCCGAUGAUCAGAGACAUCGACAUGUAUCUAGAGAAGACUCCAGCCAGUCUUUGACCUCUUGUCUCAACCUUCUGCCAUCUCCCAUGGAUACACCUGGAGACCGAAUUCCAGGCAAAGAAUGCAAUCAAAGGGAACCCAGCCGACCAACCAGCCUGCUGCCUGCUGAGUGGAGCAUGGGGCUUGGUCUGAGUAAAGAAGAGGAACUCUUACCGUCAGGACUAGAGACCCUUCCAUUCAGACUAAUGCAACAGGACUGCACUGCUGUCAAGACUCUGCUUUUAAGACUCCGACGGACACUUCAGGAGAGCACAGAGACAAGUCCUGCCAGCAGCCUUCAGUCUUUACCAAUCAGCCCAUGCAGUGAAAAAUCUCUCCCAUUUAAGGAUCUCAACAGAGAGGAAGUCUUGCUGCAACAACUGAGGGAGAAAGAUGAGCUGAUUAUCCGACUGCAGAAUGAACUGGAGAGUGCCAAAGCCGCCCUGAAGAUGAAAGACUGCCAAAUGACCGAUCGCACAACGCAGACGGAACACAUGGGACCAGAGGUCAGUCAUCCAGGCCGGUGGUCAGGUCUAGGCAACAGCAGCAGCCUGGCUCCAAGGGACCGAAGGGGGGUACGAGCUGUGGGGCCAACACUCGGAGGGGACCUCGCUAACCAGCACCACCUGUGUCACUACACGCCGCUGCAUGGACGACCUACUGCCUCCGAGAGGCACACUGCCAGAGAGGAGCGCCACAGCCAGCCAGUCAUGACACAGUCUGCAGUCCGCAACCCUGUUCUGAAUUUUGCUCUUGGUCCCUCCAAACUGUCCACUGCCCAAGCGUCACCCAGCACACCACCCCAGCUUCAAGCUUCACAAUCCAGCCUCAGCACAAACCAGUUCCCCGGGUCAAACAACCCUGCUCCAUCUCUAUCGUCUAAGCAGCCUGAAGCGAUGUCCUCCUCCUCUGAAUCCUUAACCUCAGGAGGAGGACCAGGAGGAGCCAAUGUAUCAGGUGUUAGGAGAGGAGGUGGGGAUCACCUUCCACCAAGCCAUAUUCCACGUUCAGUUGGAGCCAGCCCCUCCAUAAGCCUUCACAGUCUUGCUAGUAAGGGUAGUCCCUCCCAAUCCCAGAGCACACUGUCAACAGACCAAGUGUCCAACUCAGCUUCUAACCCUUCCUCAGCAACGUCAUCUUCCUUAUUCACAGGGCGUUUAGGACAACCCCCUAGAGGCCCUUUGUCUCUGCACAGCUACAGCCGUAAAAAUGUCUUCCUCCAACAUUCCCUUCAUACGGCAGAAUUACAAGCUCUGACACAGAGAGACAGUUGAAGGCACACAAAUGUGAAUCUGUAUUAUAAAUGAAUGACAUGAACUUGAGGAAAACUUUAGCUGCCUCAUGCUUUGCUGCUUCAUCUUCAAUCACACAAAAACAAUGUAAAUGCACCUCUUACCAUCACAUUUUGUAGUCCUGACCAGCUUUCGGCCUACUUUCUUUCAGACAUUCUCUCGGUUUAGCACAAACACACACACACACACAUUUCUGGCUGUGAGAAUGAAAAAAGGCAAUCACUCGUCUAUCACAGCUCCCACGUUGUGUCAUGCUGACAGUUCAGAUGAGCUUACGCCCACACACACACACAAAGUGCAUACAGACUUGCAAGCACUUAUCUGUGCACAGAAACACAAAUGAAGCCAUGCACACUCGGCACCGCAUCAUCUGUAAUAUCUCUGCUUUACCAUCUGCACAAAUAACAGGGUGUUAAAACUCAAUGAACAGACGAGGUGUAUGGAUGUUAAAAAUUCCUUUUUUACCCAUUUGAUCAUUUUAACAAUAAGCCCAGAGAGCUUAAUUUGCGCCUGCAGGAACAUGUUAUCCUUUCAACAGUCCUGCUUAGAUCAAAUCCAGAUUAGGAGAUUUUCUGCUGUCCUCUUUUACAUUUGUGUUGUUUGGAAAGAUUGGGAAAACAAAAACGCAUCAACACUGAAAAAAAAAGAAACUUUUUUUUUUAAUUCUCCAUUCAGUGUUUCACAAAAAGGUUGAAAAUAUUUUUUGAAAAUUGCCAUGUGCAACAAUUGGUACUGCUUUUAUUAUUUUUAAACAUUACAAAAGAAAAUUCGAUUGUAGUAAAAGUUAAGAUAUGACAAUCAUAAAAAACAUGAACAUAUUACUUUUCUAUGUGCUGUUUUUAAUUUAAAAAAAAGAAUGAGAACUUACUGAAUCUAUCCACUGCUUUAUAAAAAAAAUAGGCCUAUUUUAAAUCAGAAAUUACUUGAAAUAAUGAGAUUAUGUAUAAAAAUCAGCCUCCUUUUUUCCAAGAAUCUUUGCUCAUUCCUAACAAAACCUCAGCAGUACAUUUGAAUUUUUUGGACAGCAUGUAACUGGAACUUGGCCAUUUCCUUCACACUUUUGAUGGUGUGUUCUAUUGCUUUAGACCAAAUUUGCAAACCUUUAUUUAGCAGACAGAAGGCCUCACAUUAGUCAUAUUCUUAAACCUGAAGAGCUUCAUUGUUGACUCGGUGACCAAAAGGGCCCCAAGAGCAAAUCCUAAGAAAUAAUGCUGUGAUUAUGAUAGGUUUCUGCUGGAAUGGUGUAUCAAUUUUUAACCUCAAAUGAUGGAAUGUAAGACCGAACAUCUCUACUACAUGCGUUUUAAAUAUUUAAAUUUCUCAGUGAGGCUUGAGACGGUUUUUAUGGAGCUUUUUUUUUCUAUGAGCAUUGAUUUUUGGGUAAAUUAGCUGCACAGUCUGCUCCUCGGAAGAUUGGCAGCUGUCUUGAAAGCUUAUCUUUUGACAGGCGUCCUUCAGCGCUCAUGGAACUUCGAACCCGGAAUUGUUUGGAAACAGUUUUGUUGCUCUUUUAAGAUUGAUGGGUAGCAACAGUCUCUCUUCUAAAAACCAAUGCUCAUGUCAUUCACGUUUGACAUUGUGCGAACACACACCAGCAUUAGCUCUGCUUUCACGGAGGUCUGCACACCUGUCGAUGGCGAGUUCAUCAAAGACCAAUGAUUAACAGCCCCUGGCUCCCUUUGAAGUCUAAAUAAGAUUUCAGGGAUACGUCAGAAUUCCCUCCCAACUCCCUAACUACUAAAAAACGACAUAGUGCGGGAUUAUCAAGUGCCCUGGAUUUUAAAAGCAAUUCUGCUGCAAAGUCCUUCAAACGCAAUGCAUUGUGGUCUGCAUUCACCAACCUAGUGAGCAUUGAUGCACACUGUUUUUUUGCAGAGACUUCUGGGAAAUUGGUAGUGCACUGGACUUUGGAAUCGUAGGCUAUGUCUAAAUUCCCUCCUUACUCCCUAACUAGUAAAAAACUACAUAGUGCAGGUCUAAAUAGUGCCCUGGAUUUAAAAAGAAAUUCAGACACCAUGCUCACUGCUUUUUUUUUUAUAAACGAAAAAUAUGGCAUCACUGAUUUCACGAAGUGAAAGGCUUAUAAAUACGAGCAUUUGACAAAGACCCCUUAUGAAUUCACAUAAAUGGUUUUGUAAUGAUGAAAACGUGGAUGGUUUAUUGAAAACUAAAUUAAAAUACAUAUUUCCCACAAAGAAUGUUUGUGGAAAAUGCAAUGCAUUGUGAGCACUGAUGCAUGCUGUUUUUUUUGCAGAGAGUUCUGGGAAAUUUCAAAGGCUGUUGAUUUUGAAAUUAUAGGCUUUGUCUGAAUUCCUUCACUACUUACUACAUACUGAACUCUAUAGUGGGUUUGCCAUUUUGUAAUGUUGUCCGAAUCUGCAAUUCCAAAAUCCAGCGCCCUAGAAAUUUUCUUAGAUUGGCAAAUAUAGACCACAGUUCAUUGCGUUUAAACAAUUUUUGUGAAAAAGAAAAGCGUUUAAAUAUAAUUUUUUAUUAAACCAUCAACGUUUUCGUCUUCAGAACACAGUGGAUUCUUAAGUAGUCGUAAAAUGCUCGCAUUUAUUCGAUUUCUUUUGUCAUAUUUGCUGUACUAGUAGUAGGUAGCAUGGUGUUGUAAUUACUUUUUGAAUCCUGGGUACUAGAUAGUGCGGCACUAUAUCGUUUUAGAUUCGACAAACACUUACGGUAGAUCCUUAUACUUGUAGUGAUUUUAUACAGAUAAAGGAAAAGGUGCAAAUUUUUGCACAUGGCUUAACAAAGAGUGCCCUGUUCGAAAAGAAAUGUCCUUAUCAUUUUAUUGUGAAAGGUAAAAAGUCCAAUAUUAUCCUUAAGAGGUUGAGAUUGAGGGUGAACAAGUUUCUUCCUUAAGAAGAUAAAUAAGACAUAUAAAUGCCUGCAAAAUGUUAUUGGAAGCAUAGUCCGAUUAUAGUUCUGGUGGUUGGCCGGAUGAAAGUGUCUAUCAAAUAUUUUUUUUAAAGAUUAUUACAACAGGUACUACACUUUUACUGUUUUUGACUUGUCAAGUAAGCGGUUGUUAAAAAAAACAUCUGAGCCAGAGUGUCAAAGCAAGUAAUGGUUCAGUGACUUCACAUUAACCACUGCAGAACUGCCAUGAGAUGCUGCUGGGUCGUACAUUCGUGGAUGUGACAUAUCACAGUUAAAUAACUGAAAAAUGUGGGCUUUUUUUUUUCAAAAAACGUCCAUGUGUUGUUUUUACAGCUGGAUCGUGUGAAUUCUGUGCUGCUGAAUAUAUUUUCUCUGACAUAACAAGAGCGUUGAACAUUCAUGUCUUUCCCCCAACGGCUUUGAGGUAAACAAACCCAACAGUGUCAAGCAAUUCCCAGCUCCUGGCAUCCACAGAACAUGUGAGAUGUUGGAGAGGUUGUUGACCUUGUCCGACUGUAAAUAGCACCUGACCUAAGGGGAGCCGUGUAAAUUGUGUGUGUGCUGUAAUGACCAACUCACGAGAAAAGGACCUGGUAGUGGUGGAGAAAAGGACAUCUGAAGGACAGCAAAUCUGUUUCCAGGUGUGGUGGUUGCAGCGCCCCACCUGGUCUUCUAAAAUGCUGAAGUAUUCUUUUGAUUCAAACCUUUUCCGUGCUAUAGCCUUUUUUUUGUUUUUUUAUGACAUCCUGUCUUUUCAAAACACAUUGUCCCCGCCUUUAUCCUAGCAUGCUAACAGUACCUUUGGUUACUCUCGUGUUUUUUCGCCAUUCAUUUUCUCCUCAUAUGAGCUGUCAAGCAGAAACCUUAUGUGGCCAUCAGAGUUGCUGUGACGGACCGGCUCCAGGACUCAAUCCUGGACGGGACCACAACAAUCCAUUCCAGCUUCCUAAUCAGGGUGUAAUUUUACACCUGGUAAGUACAAUUAACUAGCAGGUAGAGUGGAUGGAUGGCAUCAAUUUGGCUCGUGAUGAGAGGGACUAAAGUGUGCAGCUGGAGCGGGAAUCAAAAGUCUCCCGCUUAGUUAGCUUACAGGUGCCAAUGCUUUGUUGAUGGGUGACCCUUAGGCUUUUCAAAUCCCUUAGCGAUGCAUGGAUUAUAAUGUAGUUGACAAAAAAUGUCUUUAGAGGAUAUUUAAAUACGCAGGGAUUGUUUUCUCAUGCAUUUUAUUUGUCUUUACAACUAAACAUGUUUCUGACAACAACGAAAAGAAAACAGCUGCAGUUCUGCAGCAACGGACCCGCCCUAUAAAUCUUUGUUUGAUUUUAUCAUUUUUUUUACUUAAAAGCACAUUGAAAUCACAACACUAUAUUUGUAAAAAAAAACAAGCUAUUUAUUGUGUUUUUUUUCAUUGUUUUGCCUUAUUUAUAUUUAUUACCCUUGUAUCAUUUCCUAAAAGCAUCAAGACAUAUUAAUUAAAGGAAAAAUUAAUUAUAUUUAAAAUUGUAUUUAAUUGUUCAAUUUUUUUCUGUCGCAAAUUUUGUGUUGUUGAUAUUCUUACAGGUUUAUUCUGUAAUUAUGGUUCUUUUUGUUGUAACGAAUAACUGUAUAUUUGUGCAUACAAUGUUUGUUGGUGCAUAGAAGAUGGAAGCGCAAAAACAAAAAAAGUCCAAUCCAGUUCAAGAUCCAACUUUUAAUCAUUUGGGAUCAGAUCUGGUGGGAAAAACAUAAAAAAUUAUUAUAGAAAUUUAAGAAAAAUCAUGCUUAAAUUACAUGUAAAGGUCAGUGAAUUUUAUCAUUUGGUCUUAAAACUUUCCCCUUUAUGAAAUCAAUACUUUGCACUAUUUCUUUUCAUAGAAAGAGUAAUGUUCUUAAUCGUUUUGCGUCUUUAAAAAAAGGCUGACCAUUUAAAAAAAAUGUUUGUUUGUUCUGUUCGUCUUGCCAUCCUUGACCGGUGCAGUUGGCAGAUGUAAACUGACCACUUAGUCCAUAAAUUUGUUAGAUAUUCAGCAAUUAACCCACGCAAGCACGAAGAAAUAAAAAAGCUCCUUCUCAUUUAUAGAGUUGUUUUUCACUUUAUGUGGUCCCUUGAAGCCAAUUUGGAAUUUAAUAUCUUUGUCAAGAACGACUUUUAUGGUGGUCAAACAACUUCAGAGUGUAUGUUUACCCCAAGUAUUUUCACUGGAUGUGUGUGGAACACCAUUUUGAAUUGAUUGAUUGUUCAUGUCCAAUAACAAUAAAAGGUUGUCCACUGUGUGCUUAUCAAUAUUCUGAACUAAUAAAAAGGGUUAAAACAUUACAUCUAGA